AUGACGCUCGAAGUGAGCGCAUCUCUCGACAGCUCGCUCAAGAAAAAUACAGCUUUCAUCAAGCGUUCGCGCAUGGCCCUCAAUGCGGAAAAUGUCCCAAUCUUCGCAAAAGAUGUUGUGACGCUGUCGCUUGAAAAGUACAUGAGUGAGGUCGUUUCGGCGUUUGCGGAAGGACUCGCCAAGGUCAAGACGGCUGAUGUGUCUGCUGCGGUAGAGACGGUCGAGCUCCUUCAUCGACGCUUUUCUCGGCCAUUCACCAUUCAGCUUGCCUUUCAGCUUGUGCGUGGACUUGCGCCGCCACCUCAGAGCUAUCUCAACAGUCUAUCAGCAGAGCAGCGCGAGAAGGAAGAAUCGACGCGUGUGACUCGACAGCGUACACUACUGCGUGUCGUGACGGAGCUAUGGCUUGUUGGCGUAUUUAGAACGAUACAAGAUGCCCUGGAUGGUGCGAAUGCAGAGCCAAGGAAGCGCAAAAUGGACGAGCCGCUUCCCCUCUUUUGCCUUCGCGAGCUGCUUGCAAACGACAAGGACUUUGUCAAUUUGAGCAUUGUCGUUUCAUUUGUCAAGGCAUUUGGUCACCUCACCCAGAGCGAUGUGUCUGAGGAAAUCAUCCUUUCACACGACACGGCGAGCAUGUGCACCAUUCUGCUCAAGUAUUUUGAGCUGCUCAAGUCACACACACUGGCCAGACAUGAUCGAUUGAUUCGUGAAGCUGCACGCAUACAAGAACACGUCAUUGCACAGGGCCAGGCGUCUUCCCGACGAGAACAAGCAUUGCUCGAGCAACAACGGAUUCAAGAGAAGCAAGUCGCAGGUGCGCAAACGCUCGCUGAAGUUCUUCAUCAAGACUUCCCAACACUGCAAACAUUAGAGGAGCAAUUGGCGGAAGAGGCCAGCAUGAUUCGCGGAUUUGGCGUUGACCGGCGCGGCGACGAAGGCGACGAUUAUCUGGGUUUGUGGGAGGAUGACGAUCAGCGCCGCUUCUACCGUGAGCUGGUGGAUCUGAAAGAGGUUGUGCCCGGCGACUUGCUCAACGACGACAAGGAGCCGAGGAAAGACGUUGAGCCAGAAAAGGAGGACUUUGAUGACAUGGACCCUAUAGAAGAAGAAGAGGACGAGCCUCAACCUGCAACCAUUGGAGCAAAGCUCGACACGCUACUACUCAGGCUGCCAGAGCUCAACAAUCGAGAGCUCAUUGAUCAGGCGUGCAUUGAUUUCAGCUUUCUCAACACAAAAGCCUCCCGCAAUCGACUCGUCAAAAUGCUUCUGCAAGUCAGCAAGACGCGUACCGAUAUUCUCUCCUACUAUGCUCGACUUGUUGCAACGCUUUCAAAACACUUGCCUUCGAUCGCUCAAAAGAUGGUCGAGUCUCUGCAUCGCGAUUUGAGGCGGUACGUCAACGGUAAGGGACUGAAUAAAGACUACCCCUUGCGCGCCAUCAAUGCUCUUUUCCUGGCUGAACUCAUCAAAUUCGAUCUAGUCAGCGCACCAGUCACGUUUCACUGUUUGAAGCUCCUUGUCGAAAACUUUUCCAAAACAGAUAUUGAAGUGCUUGCGAGUAUGCUGGAGAAUUGUGGACGCUACCUCUUGCGCAGCGAUGCUACACACACAAGAAUGGCUGCUUUUCUCGAGGUGCUGCACCGCAAAAGCAAAAAUGCUUCGGGAGUGGAAAGGUCGCUCAUUGACAAUGCAUUUUACUACGUCAAUCCGCCAGAGCGUGAAGUCAUCCCCGUCAAGCAGCGCGAGCCCAUGGAGCGUUAUAUUCGACAAUUAGUUUACGUUGAUCUCUCCCGUCGUACCUACGAGAUGGUUACCAAGCAAAUUCGAAAGCUGCCAUGGCAAGGCGACGGUCCUGGAUGGCUGCAAAACAUCUUUGUCAAAGUUUGGAAAGUCAAGUAUUCGGCGAUCCCAUUGCUUGCCAUUGUCCUCGGUGGAUUGGCCAAGUACCAUCCUGGCUUUACAACGCACGUCAUUGAUGCAGUCCUCGAAGAGAUGCGUGUUGGCCUGGAGGAAAACAACUUUCGGCAUCAUCAAAAGCGCAUUGCACUUGCCAAGUAUCUUGGUGAGUUGUACAACCACCGGCUCGUUGACGGACAAGUUGUGAUGGAGCAGCUGCAAUUGCUGCUCACGCUCGGUCAUGGUCCCCGACCGUUGCCCGUCGAAUGUGCUAUAGACCCACGGAAUGACCACUUUCGCGUGCGGCUGGCGUGCAUUCUGCUAGAUACCUGCGCCUCCGCCUUUCAACGACCGCCACUCCUCGCCAAACGCAACCUGAGCCUGGCUUUACUGCAAAGCUACAUCUUUUGUAAGGCACCCUUGCCGCUUGAAAUUGAAUUUGGUGUGCUCGAUACGUUUGCUGCAGUCGACAAAAAUUGGCACAUGGCGGAGACGCUCGAAGAGGCGAAUGCCAAGCUGGACGAGGCUGCCAAGGCUGCAGCUAUGAUUGUUGAUGUGGAGGAUUCCAGUGAUGAAUCCGAGACGUCACCGCAGGCCCACUUUCAGUCGGAUGAUGAGGAAGAGAUUCAAAAUCUACAGCUCGAUGAGGAUGACGGCGAGCAAGUUGUCUUGCUACAGAAGCGCAAAGAACAAGACGACCUUGACAAGGAGGCCGAGGCAGACUUUGCACGAGAAUUUAGCAAGAUGAUGACAGAGUCGAUUGAUGCACGCAAACACGAGACGCGGCGGCCUCUCGAAGUCGCCAUGCCCAUGCGCCGCAUCCAGCCGAUGCAAGAGACGCCCACGUCGGGACAAGUGCAAUUCAGUUUUCUAUCGCGCAAGGGCAAGACGCGCGAUUUGCAACUGCCAGCAGACAACAAGCUCGUCUUGUCUGCACAAGCGUCGAGGAAAGCAGAACUGGCGGAGCAAGCAACCAUCAAGCAGCUCGUCAUUUCCUAUGAAGACAACUAUACAGAAGAUGACGAGGCAGCGGGUGUUUUGCAGACUCCCUUGCGGGCAGGGCAAAAGAGUGUGCGCGGCGCCAAGACUCAUGCUAGUAGGAGGACCUCCAAGUUGGGAGACCAUUUGCAUCAGCUAGAAUCUGUGUAG